AUUGAACACAGACACGCAGACAUGAAUAGAGGGCUCUGGAACUUGACACACUGAGCACAGGGAACCAGUGCUCCCAAGCUAACAACAAGACCUGAAUGAUGAUCUUUUGGUGGUUCCUGGCACUGCUGCUGGGAUCUGUUGAAAUAUAUAGAGCCCAUGAAUGUGAUGUGUUCACUUAUCUGGACCUUUAUCACGCUAUCAUUGGAACCAGUCUGUAUGUGAAGCUGUUGCUGUACACCAGAGCUAAUCUGACCUGUGGUCAGGAGCUGUCCCACCAUAACCUGUCAGCCCAGCCCCAGUUCAACCUCACCAAGCCCACCACUUUUGUCGUUCAUGGCUUCCGUCCUACGGGCGCUCCGCCCAACUGGUUGAAUAACAUCAUAGAGCAGCUGUUGGCCCGCGGAGACAUGAAUGUCCUGGUGGUGGACUGGAACCGCGGAGCUGCCAAUAUCAACUACCUGAAAGUUGUGACCUACUCACGAGAUACAGCGGACAACCUCACUGCCUUCAUCCGAAACAUGCAGGAGAAUGGUGCCUCUCUUAGUUCCAUCCAUAUGAUUGGGCUCAGUCUCGGAGCUCACAUCACAGGCUUUGUUGGAGCCAAGUUUAAUGGCAAAAUUGGGAGGAUCACAGCUGUCGAUCCAGCGGGGCCUCAGUUCAACGGGAAACCCCCUGAGGAUCGUCUGGACCCUACAGAUGCACAGUUUGUAGACGUUGUGCACACAGACAUGGACGCAUUUGGUUUCAGGAAGCCUUUGGGCCACAUUGAUUUCUAUGCUAACGGUGGAGCCGACCAGCCUGGCUGUCCACUGACCAUCUUCUCAGGGUCUGGAUAUUUUAAGUGUGACCACCAGAGAUCAGUGCUCCUCUAUCUGGGUUCCCUGAACCGGACCUGUAACAUCAGAGCUUUCCCCUGCACCUCCUAUACUGACUUCCUGGACGGACUUUGCAUGGAUUGUGAUCAAUUCAAACCUGCCGGAUGCCCUGUAUUUGGUUAUGACAUCAUAGAGUGGAAGGAGUCUCUGGUUCCUCUGCAGCAAACCAAGGCUUUCUUCACCACCAAUAAACAGACACCAUACUGCAAGACGAGCUAUUGGGUGGACAUUGUAACAUGGAACCGUGAUACUCGCUGGGGCUACAUCACCAUAAAACUACACAAUGGUAGUGAGGUGACAGAGGCAACAAUAAACCAUAAAGCAUCCAGUUUUAAGAAGUACUCAGAGACCCGAUUACUGGCCCAGUUUGAAAAAGACCUUCAGAAAGUCCACAAGAUCUCAAUCAAAUUCUCCAGGGUGAAUGCAUUUAAACCUAAGUACAAACUACGGGUGCUCCGCAUCCGUCUCACACACCUGGAGCGCAAAGACAGGCCUCUCUGCCGCUAUGACAUUCUCGUGGAGGACAACAGAGAGGUGACCUUCAGAUCCAUCCCCUGUGAGGAGUCCAACUUCUGAGACAAUAACAGAUACACAGUAUGAUGUAGAGAGUCAGCAGUGGCCAUUUGAUGGCUCUCUGGGUAAAUGGAGUGAGGCAGUUGACCCAGGUAGCCUACAUGCUACUCACCCUCUGGUCCGUCUAUUCAGUGGCUUAAGUCUAGUAUGAGUCCAGAGCAUUGUAAAUGUGUGUAAGUGUGAUGAUUUUAAUGAAUGAUAUAUUGUAUUCAUUUAUGAUUUUUUUAAAGUACUAUGAUGAUUGUGUCUGUAUCACUGAGACCACUAUGUGGUAUAUUAUCUGUGGGAAACCACUACUAAAUACAUAUUUUAUUAAUGUAAAUACAUAUGACAUUUUUGGGAAUGAGAGCCACGUCAAUGGGUCAUUACACGAAAAGAGUGCAUUUUGUAUCCCUUUGAUAUCUUAAUUAACCCCUCUAUGGAAAGAGGAGACUCUCUCGAACACGAUUGUGUUCUCCGUUUUGCUCUACGACCCCCACAUGUUUCUUGGGACUCGUCUGUCAGUAAAUAUCAGUUGUUUUGCUCUAGGACCUCACAAGACUUGUCUGAAGGUCCCAUGGUACCCGUUUUAAAAAAAAAGAUUGGAAGUAUAUAUGGAGACUGUUUAGUGCCAAAAAUAAGGGUAAAUACGUUCCCUGCUCUUUCUUAUAUCUCUUAGAUAUCCUUAGUAUGACCUUAAAACAAUUCCAUAUAGUUUAGUAGAACACCCCCCCCCCCCCUUUAGACAGGACUUGGACUGUUUAGUGCCAAAAAUAAGGGGUUUAUUGUACAUAUAUUUUUUUAAACAUCACGUGGAGAAUUCAAUACAAAUGUUUUAUAUGAAUAACGACUUGCUAAAGUGCCAAUAUUAAGCAUUUUGACAUGUCCCUCUGUGCCUCCUCUGUGUCCGUCCAUGCACCUCUGUGUCCCUCUGUGCCUCCUCUGUGUCCCUCCAUUCACCUCUGUGCCUCCACUGUGUCCCUCCAUGCACCUCUGUGUCCCUCUGUGCCUCCACUGUGUCCCUCCAUGCACCUCUGUGUCCCUCUGUGCCUCCUCUGUGUCCCUCCAUGCACCUCUGUGUCCCUCUGUGCCUCCUCUGUGUCCCUCCACGCACCUCUGUGCCUCCACUGUGUCCCUCCAUGCACCUCUGUGUCCCUCUGUGCCUCCUCUGUGUCCCUCCAUGCACCUCUGUGCCUCCACUGUGUCCCUCCAUGCACCUCUGUGUCCCUCUGUGCUUCCACUGUGUCCCUCCAUGCACCUCUGUGUCCCUCUGUGCCUCCUCUGUGUCCCUCCAUGCACCUCUGUGUCCCUCUGUGCCUCCUCUGUGUCCCUCCAUGCACCUCUGUGUCCCUCUGUGCCUCCUGUGGCCCUCCAUGCACCUCUGUGUCCCUCUGUGCCUCCUCUGUGUCCCUCCAUGUCCCUCUGUGCCUCCUCUGCGUCCCUCCAUGCACCUAUGUGUCCCUCUGUGCCUCCUCUGUGACUUCUAGGAAGAGUUUCCACCCUCAUUGUAAAGCCCCAACCCUGUUAUGGUCAACCCUGUUAUGGUCAACCCUGUUAUGGUUAACCCUGUUACUUAAUUUGGCACUUAAAGUUAGGUGAAAUCAAAAGUUCUUUUGACCAAGUUACAUCAAAUUGGUGGAAUGACCCCAAUGCAAUUGAAUACUUUAAACCACUUGACUUAAAGAACAUGCUUGUUUUUUGUUUUUAUUUUAUAAAAAAUGUCACAUAAUAAGCUGAUAUAAAAUAUGUUUGUAUAA